GUUUGGGGAUGGAAUCUUUCCUUUUCAGGGUUUAAUUCCAACCUUAAAUUCACAUUUUAAAACAUAUUUGAUUGAUAUGUUGAACAAAAUAGUGUAAAUAGGGUGUUAAGUGUUGAGCUGUGUCCCUCCUCACCUCCAAGAUAUGUUGAAGCCCUAAUUCCUGGUAACUUUGAAUGUGAUCCUAUAUGGAAACAGGAUCUUUCCAAAUAUAAUGAAGUCAAGAUGAGGUCAUCAAUGUCCACGCCCGCCGGCAGCGGCUGAGAGGCUGAAACCAGAGUGGACCGCUCUUGUUAAGCGGCUGUUGCCCUCACUUCUCAGGAAUCGGCGAGAGCUUGGCCCAAGGCUGAACUGUGCCAUUUGGAAGACUGGAAGCAGACGCAUCUGUCGACAUGUUUUCCAAAGUCCUGGAGAACCAGUUGCUUCAGACUACCAAGCUGGUGGAAGAACAUUUGGAUUCUGAAAUUCAGAAACUGGAUCAGAUGGACGAGGAUGAAUUGGAACGCCUCAAAGGAAAGAGACUUGAGGCACUAAGGAAAGCUCAACAGCAGAAACAAGAAUGGCUUUCUAAAGGACAUGGGGAAUAUAGAGAAACUCCUAGUGAGAGAGACCUUUUUCAAGAAGUCAAGGAGAGCAAAAAAGUGGUUUGCCGUUUCUACAGAGAUUCUACAUUCAGGUGUAAAAUACUAGACAGACAUUUGGUGAUAUUGUCCAAGAAACAUCUUGAGACAAAAUUUUUGAAGCUGAACGUGGAAAAAGCACCUUUCCUUUGUGAGAGACUGCGUAUCAAAGUCAUUCCCACACUGGCACUGGUAAAAGACGGGAAAACACAAGAUUAUGUUGUUGGAUUUACCGACCUAGGAAAUUCAGAUGAUUUCACUACGGAAACUCUGGAAUGGAGGCUCGGUUGCUCUGAUAUUCUUAACUACAGUGGAAAUUUAAUGGAGCCACCAUUUCAGAACCAAAAGAAAUUUGGAACAAACUUCACAAAGCUGGAGAAGAAAACUAUCCGAGGAGGAAAGAAAUACGAUUCAGACUCUGAUGAUGAUUAGAGCUCAAUAAUUCUUUGUAAAUCAUCUUAUUUCUACAAUUACUUCAGGUUUAAAUGUGUUUUCUAAAUUCUGUUGCUUUUGAUCCAUUGAUCAUCAGUACUCAUAUUCUGGAGAUUUAUAUACUCCAACCAUUGAAAGGCAUCUUUACCAUAUUCUCUGUGGCCAUCAUGUUUCAGGUGAGGAAAAUGUCUGAGUUCCUAAAUUAUCUGGGAAGAGUGUGGAUUCUCUAUUUUUGAGGUUGAUUUUAUCACGUAUGUUUCUUACAUCUUUAUACCAUUCACAAUUGUGUUUUUAAUCUAUUUAUUAGAAUUAGAAAUUCAGCAGACUAUUUCA